AUGGCGUUCCUGCAGCAGAUCCGUUCCCCUCGCCUCUCCUUUAUCCAGACGGUGCUUUCUCUCUUCCUGGGCGGCACGGCCCUCAUGUCCUCCUACUGGUGCGAGGGGCAGCAGAAGGUGCCAAAGCCGCUUUGUACGCCCACCAAGCACAGCAACUGCAUCCCUGUUCCCGGCGUCUCCAACUCCAACAUCCAGUUCUCCUGGGAGACGGGGGACGACCGCUUUGUCUUCCCCACCUUUCAUACUGGCCUGUUCCUGACCUGUGAGGAGAACAUCUACACAGACGCAUGGGAGGAGAAGUGUCGAGGGUUUUAUACUUUGACUCCAGGAUCUGAAAAAGGUCUGCUUGGGAUGGUGGGCCACAUGAUGUUCAUGCAGGUGUUUCAGACCACUGCCUCAAUGGGACCAGAGGACUUCAAGCCUCACAGCUAUGGCUACUCAUGGGCAUUCUAUGUGGCCUGGUUUGCCUUUACUGUCUGCAUGUCUGCCGGUGUCUCCACUCUGAACAACUACACCAAGAAGGUCCUGAUGGUGGGGCCCAGACGUAACUCCGGCCUCAACGCCUGCAGCUUUAACUUCGUGGGGCUCCUUCCUCCGGCUCCUUAUUACACCCCUGCGAACCCAGCCAUCACCCUGGCCUGUCCCCCAUCUCCCCCCAGGAUCUCUCACCUGUCUCCCUACUACGAGCCCCCGUCAGCAGCGUUACCGGCCCACACGCCGAGGCUCACGCACUCCCACUCCCUGCCUCUCCCCCACUCCGACUCCUUCCCUCCACCCCCUUCCCACCCUGCACCUGCAUCCCCGUUCCACCGCCUCUCCCUGCCCUCUCCGUCUCCAUUGCCCAUCCCGCCCGUCCACAUGACCCUCCCAGGAUACCAGAACCGCUACGAGCCGGAGGAGGACUACAGCCCACUUUGA